UGAUCACCGGGCGACGCCGAUUGACGUCACCGAUAGGCGACCAAGAUGGUUGUCAUCGUCGAGAAGGGUUAUUCGAAUAACCGAUAAUAACAUUUUGCUCCUAAGCAGAGGAGCCCGGUGCGCGCGGUCAACGUUAUGGCCGUCAAGUGAGGGCCCGAUCCGCGAUUCCUGCGGUGAAAAUCCGUCCGUUAGUCCCUCGAGCGGUUGCACGAGGAAUGGCGGACGGCGAGGAUGAGGAGCCGAAUGCAGUAUAUGUCUUGAAUAUCCUACAAGAUCUGAUUGACGUUUCCGCCGAACGACUCGAGGGCCUGCGGACUCAAUGCUCCACUAGCGCGGAACUCACUCAACAGGAGAUAAGGACGCUCGAGGGGAAACUAAUAAAAUUAUACACUAAACAACUUGUGACAAAAGCUAAAUUGGCAGAUUCAUUACAAGCAGAAAUGAAACACUGUCCAUCAUUGCGACAGUGGUUAAGUGUAGUUGGUCUCACUCAAGAAUCAAUUCAGAUGGUUUGUUCCGAGGUAAAUUCCCUUGAGGACCUAAAAGAAAAGUCUGAGUAUGAGUUAGGUUGUAUGUUAGGCAAAAAUAACGUACGUUAUGACGAGGAACUUCGUAAGCUCUGCAAAGCAUUGUAUAACUUACGGCGAUAUAUGGAUGUUGUUAUGAGAGAAGAUGUGGAAACUUGUAAUAUGGACUUGUAUUGGGACUCCUGGGACAAGCAUCAUUUGCGCACAGGAGCUUCUCCUAGGCCUGUUCGAUCUCGUGCUACACGGUGUUCGGUUCCAUCAAAAGAUAGCAUUCCAUAUCAAAAUAACAACAAUCUGAACAGUGAUAUAUUAGCACAACCUUCGUCUGUAAUGUCACCUAGUCCUCCUCGCACCCCUCCAUUACUGAAGCAAAGAUGUGAAAUUAAACUUCCAAUAACUCCUCCUACAUGCAAAAAACAUCAGAUUGGUGUGCAGAGUAGCACAUCACAACCUGAAGUAUUUCCAUUAACUAAGUCAAAGUCUCACGAAUCACAAUUAGCAAAUCGUCUUGAACAUACACAUAACGAUAAUACAUCAUUACUUAGGAGAAGAAAUCGUUUACCAACAGAACCAAGUUCAUCCUGUAGUACAACAGAUUCUAGGAAAGCAGAAAAUCUCUUGCCAAACAGUAGUAGUUCUAAACCGUCACCUUAUUAUAGUACAGAAACUGAUGAAACCUGUUUUAAGGGAACAGCAAGUCUUCAAGUGCCAAAAUCUCCACGUACUCGAACUGUGACUCGCGCCAUGGGUCAUAUAAUUGCUCAUCGCUUUAUCAAAACUUUUUUCGUGAUAACAACAUGCGAUUACUGUGACAAGCAGAUGUUUGGCCCUAAUUUAAAAUGUGUAGAAUGUAAAUAUAAAUGUCACCAAGCUUGCGAAUCCAAAGUACCUCCCUCGUGUGGCCUACCUCAAGAACUCUUCAAUGAGUUUAAACGAGCUGUGCAAAAUGACGGUAUGAUUGAUCCUGCAUCGGUAUUAAAUCAACAUAGUGUAACAUCUCCAAACACUCAUUCUCAACAUGUCUCAAGUUUACCUUUGGCUCGGAAGGAUCGAAGACAGUCGCAUACACACUCUUCUAUUAAUACACCUUUUCAGGGUGCAGAUUCUAGUUCAAAUACCUCAAGCUGUAACAGCUCAACGCCUUCUAGUCCAGCAUUGCUACCUGCCAAUACUAGCCAGACUCCACAGGCAUCUGUCAAACAGCAGCAGUUUCAUUUUCCAGACAUAUUAAAUGAUAAAAGAAGAGUAACAUUUGAGUUACCUAGAUCCGACGACGCAGUUAUGUUGAGUGAUAAUGAGAAAACAAUAACCACCUUGGGAUCUGGUAGUAUUAACACAAACUCAGAAAGGAUACCAGUGAGAAAUGAUUCUCAAGAUUCUCAAGUUUCUGAUAGUGACAUAUCCGUGACAAAUCGAAAUCAAGCCAGUAUGCAAGAAUGGGACAUUCCAUAUGACGAAUUAAAGAUCGGCGAACCGAUCGGAACGGGAAGAUUUGGUACAGUAUACAGAGGCAAUUGGCAUGGAGAUGUUGCGAUUAAAGUCUUGAAUAUGGACUGUUCGGACAAUGAUAAGAUAUUAAAAGCAUUCAGACUAGAGGUAGCGACAUUUCGAAAAACUCGACACGAAAAUUUAGUUUUAUUUAUGGGUGCUUGUAUGAAGCCUCCCCGAUUGGCCAUAGUGACUAGUCUGAGUAAAGGAAUGACACUUUAUACACAUAUUCAUUUACGAAAGGACAGAUUUGGAAUAAACAAAAUAACUAAUAUAGCUCAACAAAUUUGUCAGGGCAUGGGAUAUCUUCAUGCUCGCGGAAUAAUUCACAAAGAUCUAAAGAGCAAAAACAUAUUUCUAGAACACGGAAAAAUUAUAAUAACAGAUUUCGGUUUGCUCAAUGUUACUAAGUUGUGCUAUGGAAAUGGGAAAGCAAAUAGGCUGAACAUACCACCUGGUUGGUUAUGUUACUUGGCACCUGAAAUUGUUCAACGACUGACACCGCAACAAAAUCGGGAUCAGAAAGAGUUACCUUUUACAGCUGCUUCUGAUGUUUAUGCAUUUGGAACUGUCUGGUACGAGCUAUUAUGUGGCGAAUGGCCUUUUAAAGGUGAACCUCCUGAAGCUAUUAUUUGGCGAGUAGGGACUGGUAUGAUGCACACAUUAGCAAACUUGGAAGCUUCUGAAGAAGUAAAGGAUAUUUUGAUGCUUUGUUGGUCGUAUCAAGUAGAGAAACGCCCCGAUUUUCCGAAGCUCUUAACUAUCCUCGAAAAGCUGCCUCGAAAACGGCUAGAACGCAGUCCAUCUCAUCCAAUACAACUCUCUCGUUCCGCAGAAUCCGUACUUUGACUAAAAUUCUGCAGGACAAAAGCUAUGGUGACACAUAUUUAAGUUUAUUUAAAUGCGCUGUUCUCUCUUUCACACAUACAUACACAC